AUGCGGAGCCCGGAGGCAAGCUAUUACAAGCUAAUAAAAACAGAACAGAAUCCGUAUGAACCGUGUGGUAAACGACCUCUAGGAAGAACGGGAACAGAAUGUUGUUACGUACAGGAUUAUAUUUUGCGGAGGUUCCAACUGGAAAUGAAAAAUAAACGGAUAGGAAAAGGACAUUGGGGAUUGGGCGUGAGACGGGAUGUUGGCCCUAUCGGAGGUCUAAAAACCGGAGACGAAUAG